AUGAAGCACCAUUAAUGUUUCAUAUAAUAAUUAAAUUAAGUUAGCAUAAUUUUCUAUAAGUUAUAUGAAAAUAUAUAAAACUUAAGGAUUCUCAAUGAUAGACUGACAGCACUUAUUUUCUGGCUCCAAUAAUUUAUCUCUUCCACAACUUCUCAGGAAUACAUUUCCAUCUUCUAGUUAGUACUUUGCUUAAGAUGUAGAUUGGUAAUGAAAGAAAAAUCAAAAUAAAAGUCACUAAUAAUAGGCCUGAUGAUAAAUCACUACAUUUAAUCUUAAAUAAAUUACCUAAGGACUCCAGAAGCUACUAAUUUCAACAUCAUUGAGCUCAUAUUUAAACAUAGACAUAUUUUAAGCUUCUUAUCCUUGUUGAUUAAGGUAUAAAAGAAAAAUGCUUUUUCCAAAGCAAUUAUUACGUCAGAUAAGAUAAAGAGUUGAAGUGAAACUCUAAAUU